GAACCUAUCUCUGAAGCUGUCAAAGGAGGUAGACCAAGGAGAAGCCAGGUAUCCUCGUGUUAGCCAGCUGGCUGGCAGCCCAUCUGUGGAGUGGCCUUUUACUGGUCUGGAAGAAGGUGGAGGCAUUGAAUCUUUGCCCUUCAGAUUGAUGCUGCAAGAUUGCACAGCUGUAAAGACAUUGCUUCUGAAAAUGAAGAGGGUUCUUCAAGAGAGUACGGACAUGAGUCCAGCUAGUAGCACCACCUCACUCCCUGUUAGCCCUCUUCCUGAGGAGCCAUUAUUUUUCAAGGAUGGAAUAAAAGAUGAAUGCUCAGUGCUGAAGCUGCAGCUGAAGGAGAGAGAUGAACUCAUAGCCCAACUUCGUGAGGAGCUGGAAAAGGCUCAGUGCUUUCAGAAGGCUCUUGCUUCUCAAGCAGAUAAAUCCACUCAGACAGAACUCGUGGGCCAUGAUGCUACAUAUCCAAACAGAAUGGUGAACCAAAAUCUCAGCACAAGGGACAGAAAGUCAGCACAUACUCCCACAGAGGACCCUUUUAGAUACUCAUCAGGCAACCAGGCAACAGCCUAUGAAAGCAAGAGCUGUCAGAGGUCUAAUUUGUGUCUGAGCAACCUCCUAAAAGAGAACGAGAUUGCGGAAGUCAUCAAGCAUACUAGAGGCACAUAUGAAACCCUCACUUCAGAGGUCACUCAGAAUGGUUUGGCCACCACGACACCAGCUACAGCAAAGCCAGCAUCCAAGGCAGACAGCUACCCAGUGUUCUCAGGAACUCCGAAAGACCAAACUGCUGUACCUCGGCAGCAUACCACUUUCACAGGGAGACUCGGACAGCCUCCAAGGGGCCCCAUCUCUUUACACAUGUACAGCAGAAAAAAUGUUUUCCUCCACCACAAUUUACACACAGCAGAGCUACAGACCUUAGGUCAACAAGAUGGGUAACAAGGAGAGUUGAUUAAAGAGGAACAUCAGCUCAACUAGAGCUCAUUCUUCAGUUCUCAUCUGCUGCUACUUCCACCUGAAAAAAAAUAAAGUAAAAAAAUAAUUUUGUCUGUAGGUUCUAUACUUUCCCACCAGGGACUGUGGCAAAAGGGUAAAUUUUAAUUAAAUAGUUAAAUUAAAUUAAAAAAGUUAAAUAA